UUGACAGGUAGCACGUUCGCCCUGAUGCGUUUGCCUUUUUUCGCUACUAGCUGGUGGCAUCGUUUGUACUUUUAUGCAAAGCUUGUGAUCUUGAAAAGCCUCUUGGAAGUGAAUUAACGGGAAAAGGGGUGAUUUUGUUAGAUUUAGCGGUGCCUAUUAUGGCGGGUGCCACCAUAAAGACUGUACACGAUAUUUUUCUGAGCAUGGAGUACGGCCCAUCAGCACCUUCCAGCACUAGCACUGCACAGGCUUGGCUGGAUAAUCAUUCCCGUUCUCUGGGUCUUUUUAUUGAUGGCAAGUUUGUCCCUCCAUCAGACAGACAGACUCGCUCCUUGAUGGACUCAAAAGGUGGCCUCGUGUGCAGCACGGUGUGCGCCAUGCAGGCUGAUAUUUUGGACUGCGUAACACCUGCCAUCAAGGGCUUUGAGGCCUGGAGUUGCCUGUCUUGCUACCAGAGGUCCAAAGUGCUGCUCAGGUUGGCGAGCUUUCUUGGAGAGCAUGGUCAGAGUUUUUCCGAGCUUGGUGAGCUUUGUCAAGUCUCCUGCUCCUCCUCUACCGUGAUCAGAAUGUUGCAAUACUAUAGCAGCUGGGCUCAACUCAGAGAUACUCUCAUCGCUAACUGGAUGCCACUGGGUGUGGUUUUAGUAGUUGGGUCUGAUGACUGCAGUCUCUACUACCUGUUGCUUAAAGUCUUGCCAGCAUUAGCCAUGGGCAACUCUGUCAUACUUGUCCCUGGUCAAAGCACUGCCCCUCCAACACUUUUAUUGGCACAGCUUUUUAUGGGGGCAGGCCUUCCUGCUGGGGCCCUCAGUGUUUUAACUGGAACUGAUAUGUCAAUUGCUGCUGAUGUGGCCCAGAAUACCAGCAUCAGAUACGUCACCUAUUGCGGCAACAAGCAGGAUGGUGUGAAUUUGUGUAAAGCUACAGCAGGGAUGGGUGUUCCGGUCUCUGUAUCCCCAAACAUUGGCACUACAUGCCCUAUCAUCAUUUUUGAGUCUGCCGACAUCAACAGCGCAGUGGAUGGCGUGUUAGAGACUGCAUUCAAGAAGAACAAAGAUGUGCAUUGGGUGCUGUUUGUGCAGGAGAGUGUGCUGGAGAGCAUGAUGGCGCGUCUAAAGGUGCGCAUGGCAGGCUUGAAAUGUGUGACCCUUCCCACCGACGAGGCCAGAGUGCUUGUGGACACUGCAGUGCAGGAGGCUCAAAACAAGGGGGCAACGUUGUUGCAGGCCAGUGCUGUCCCUUCUGGUACACAGUAUCCUCCCACGGUAUUAUACGGAGUGGCCUCCUCCUCGCCAUGUGUGGUGACGCCCUCUCCUGGGCCACUCCUUCCUCUUAUGACCUUCAGAAGUAACACAGAGGCAGUGACUCUCGGGAAUCACAGUCCACAUGGCCAAGCAGCAUGUGUCUGGACUGAAGACCUCACUCUGGCUUUGGAGACAUCCAAGAGUCUGUCUGUUGGCUCAGUGUGGGUGAACUCACACGCUUUAUCAGAUCCAUGUCUCCCUGUUUCUGGUCACAAAGACAGUGGCACCUGUACUGACGGAGGGCAGGAGGGUCUGUAUCAGUUCCUGCAGCCAUCCUCCUCAUGUGGUCUUCCUCGCGCUACCCCAGUUGCUCUGGACUAUGCGAAGUUUGGAACUGAUGCAACUCCAUUUAUCAUUCCGGAUGAGACUGUUGGCACCGUCAAGUCCUUUGCACAGUUUAUUGCUGGCAAGGCAUGCAAAUCGGAGUCUGGCACUAGUGUGGUGGUGCAUUCUCAAGGAGGCAGCGUGUUAGGCUACUGUCCAGAUGGAGGCCAGAAAGAUGUCCGGAAUGCUGUGGAGGCAGCUAUCAAAGUUCAGCCUGGCUGGAUGAAAAAGACUACAUCUGCGCGAGCCCAGUCCAUUCAGUCUCUGGCUAAGGGCCUUGAAGGAAAAAGACAGGACAUUGCAAAAUCAAUCAGUACCCAAACUGGUCUACCAAUGGAAGAGGCUGAAUUGGAGGUGGAGCUCAGCAUUGCCAGGCUUAGUCACUGGGCAGCCUACUGUGACAAAGUUCACGGCGAAACUCUGCCUGUACCACAGUCUGGCACAGGACUCUCCAUCCCUGAAGCACUGGGAGUGGUAGGCGUAGUCCUUCCUGACAAGCAUGCCCUCCUUUCCAUGGUAACGCUUCUUGGAGCAGCCCUCACCUCUGGUAAUGCCAUCAUCAUGGUUCCCAGUCAGGAAUGUCCACUGCCAGCAUUGGCAUUCAUUCAGGUGCUCCUAUCUUCAGAUCUGCCUGCAGGCUUGGUGAAUGUCAUUACAGGAAGAAGAGACCAGUUGACAAAGGCCUUGGCCAAUCACAGUGUCAUCAAGGCAAUUUGGUACUGGGGCAACAGUGAGGGCUGCCAGUACCUCCAAUACACCUGCACCAAACCACUGAAAAUAUUGCACCUGUUCUGUCAGACGGACAAGGAUGGUAACUAUGGCAGCAGAGACUGGACUCAUGCUUCCGUUCUUGAGGAGAUGUGGAGAAAUGCCGUCCAGUGGAAGAGUGUGUGGAUUCCUACAGCAUAAAAAGUCAAUCCAAAGACUAUAAGAAAAAGAUGCCAAAAAAACAUUCUGGUUGUGAACUUUUACUAUGCAAGAAGGUUGAAAGAUGAAAUCGACAUUUAAAAGUCAACUAACUGCUUUUGAAGGCCUGUAAUAAAUAAAUAAUGUUGCUUUGCACCUACAGUGCAGUGAAAAAGUAUCGACCCUUCUCAAAUUCUUAUAUUUUUGCAUAUUUUCCUACUUUAAUGUUCAAAGUCACUGCUUUUUACAUUGAAAAUGUGUAGACAUGAGACAAUGUAUAAACUCAAGUUUGUCGUCAAAAUGGAUUAGCUCAACCUAGCAGCACAGUAAUGGGAGAAGGAUAGAGUUAAUGCAUGAAACUGAUGGAAAUAAACAGUAGUUGUCCACAAAGGAUUGAUUUUCUAAA